AUGCCGUCCUCUGCAGCCCCCAGACGCCCAGGUCCCGCCGCCGACGACGAGGACCCGGCAUCCUCUUCCUCCGCCAACUCUUCCGGCGCCGAGUCCGAAUCCGACUACCUCGACAGUCCCGCCUCGCGCAAGAGACGGAGGACCGAGCCCCCUGCCAAUCCAGACCUCUCAGGUCUCAACGACGACGACGAUGACGACGACGAGGAGCUCAAGGCUGUCGUCUCGACCAUCAAGGCCCCGUCACGAAUCAAGCGCGCCGCCGCCGAACAAGCACCACAGACUGUCCGUCCCACGCCGUCGCAAACCGCAAUCUCUGCGCCGACGGAUCCCAACACCACCUUCUCCGCCAUCAACGUGCGGCCAUGGCUCGUGCAGUCGCUGGCCAACAUGGCCAUCAAGCGACCGACUGGCAUUCAGAAGGGCUGCAUACCCGAGAUCCUAAAGGGGAGGGACUGCAUCGGCGGCAGCAGAACGGGUUCCGGUAAAACGGUCGCCUUCGCCGUGCCCAUCCUCCAGAAAUGGGCCGAGGACCCUACCGCCAUCUUUGCUCUCGUCUUGACACCCACCCGCGAGCUCGCCCUGCAGAUCUUUGAGCAGUUCAAGGCCAUCUCCUCCCCGCAGAGCCUCAAGGCCAUCCUCGUCACCGGAGGCUCCGACAUGCGCCCGCAGGCCAUUGCCCUCGCGCAGCGCCCUCACGUCGUCAUCGCCACGCCCGGCCGUCUCGCCGACCACAUCCGCACGUCGGGAGAGGACACCAUCUGUGGGCUGCGGCGCGUAAAGUACGUCGUGCUCGACGAAGCCGACCGCCUUCUCGACGCCACGGGGCCCGGCAGCAUGAUCCCCGACGUCGAGGAGUGCCUCUCCGUGCUGCCGCCCUCGUCGCAACGCCAGACGCUCCUUUUCACCGCCACAAUCACCCCCGAGGUCCGCGCCCUCAAAGACAUGCCGCUCAAGCCCGGCAAGCAGCCCGUCUUCGUCUGCGAGGUCGAUACCCAGGCCCUUGCCAUCCCCGCCACCCUCUCGCAGAUGCACCUCCAGGUCCCCGUUACUCACCGCGAGCACUACCUUCACACCUUUCUCCUCACCGACGGCAACGCUGAAAAGUCGGUCAUCAUCUUCUGCAACCGCACCUCGACGGCCGACUACCUCCACCACCUGCUGCGCCUGCUCGACCACCGCGUCACCUCGCUUCACUCGGGUCUACCGCAGCGCCAGCGAGUGGACAAUCUAGGCCGCUUCCGCGCCGCGGCGGCGCGGAUCCUGGUCGCCACGGACGUUGCGUCGCGUGGUCUCGAUAUCCCCGAGGUCGCGCUCGUCGUCAACUACGACAUCCCGCGCAACCCGGACGACUACAUUCACAGGGUCGGUCGUACGGCGCGUGCGGGACGCAAGGGAGAGGCCGUGACGUUUGUAGGACAGAGGGAUGUCGAGCUGGUGCUGGCGAUCGAGGCUCGUGUGGGACGGCAGAUGGAGGCGUGGCAGGAGGAGGGCGUCAACCUCGAGACGCGCGUCUUGCGGGACUCGCUCAAGGUUGUGAGCGAGAAGAAGAGGGAGGCGCUGUUGGAGCUCGAGGAGGGGAGAGAAGUUGGCGGAAAGAGGAAGAGGACGAAGCAGAAGCUCAAUGCUUGA